GCGUGAAAUCCCGCCUUCAAAAUUUGGUUAGAACUGGUCAUCGCACACAACUUUUAACUUCGAAUCGGCUCUUGCAUCGUCACACUCGCAAUCCACUCCCACGGCAAAGAUUGAACGCACCAACAAUGUCUGGAGCGGCGCUCGCUGCGAGCUACAGGUCCCCGAUCUCUGCUCAGAACUUCUCUCUUGACCUCCCACCGCCUCCACAAUCUGGGAGUGUAGACGAGAAAACGUCAUAUCUCGCAGCACUGCGCACCAAUGCCUCAAAGCUGCAAGGCGAAAUCAACACCUUCCUGACGCAGAAGAUGGAAGAAGACAAGGCCGCUGAAGCAGGAAAGGGCACGGCAAAGAAGAAAGUGGACGAGCAACGUGAAGAGGACAUGUAUGGCGAGGAGGAUCCUGAGAAUGACGGAUGA